CGGCCCAGUACUUGAGCCCCGGUCGACCAGGAACGUCGGGCCUUUCCGCCGCUCGUCUUCGCUCGCACAGCCGCGCUCGCACUCACACCCGCACCGGCAGCCAUGGGAGACUCUGUGAAGGAGAAGAAGAAGAAGAGCAAGAAGGAGUCCGAGCCGGACAAGGCCCCCGCGGCGGCUCCAGCGGCCGCAGCGCCGGCCGCCGCGCCGGCCGCCGCGCCCGCCAAGAGUUCGACCAAGAAGCGGGCCCAGCGCAGCACCUCGAACGUGUUCGCCAUGUUCACGCAGCACCAGGUGCAGGAGUUCAAGGAAGCCUUCCAGUUCAUCGACCAGGACAAGGACGGAUUCAUCAGCAAGAACGACAUCCGCGCCACCUUCGACUCGCUUGGCCGGCUCACCAACGACACCGAGCUCGAGUCCAUGAUCUCCGAGGCGCCAGGACCCAUCAACUUCACCAUGUUCCUCACCAUCUUCGGUGACCGCAUCACGGGCGUCGACGACGAGGAGGUCAUCGUCAACGCCUUCAACCUCUUCGAUCAGGGCAACGGCAUGUGCAGCGAGGACAGGCUCCGGCAGAUGCUGACCACCUUCGGAGAAAAGCUCAACGAGCAGGAGGCGAACGACGCAUUUGCCGAGGCUCCCGUCGACAGCUCCGGCAAUGUGGACCUCAAGAAGUUCGCGUCGAUCCUCACCAAGGGCGUCGAGGAAGAAGAAGCCACCGAAACAGCCACCAUGUCCAAGCGAGGAAAGAGUGACUCCACCAAGAGGCGCGCCCAGCGGGCCACUUCCAACGUGUUCGCCAUGUUCGAACAGAACCAGAUCGCCGAGUUCAAAGAGGCAUUCCAGAUGAUCGACUCCAACAAGGACGGCUUUGUCGACAAGAACGACUUGCGAGCAACCUGGGACUCACUCGGCAGGAUCAUCCCCGAGAAGGACCUGGACGGCAUGAUCGCCGAGGCCACGGGCCCCAUCAACUUCACCAUGUUCCUCACCAUCUUCGGCGAGCGUGUCUCGGGGACCGAUCCGGAGGACGUCAUAAGGAACGCCUUCAAGACAUUCGACAAAUCUGGCAGUGGAAAGAUUAGCGAGAAAGAAUUGAAGAAGGCACUCAUGACUUGGGGAGAAAAGUUUCAGGAAUCUGAGGUGGACGAGGUGCUGAAGGAGGCGCCCAUCGACCGGGACGGCAACAUCGACAUCAACUCGUACGUGAAGAUCAUCUGCGGCGGCACGGACGACGAGGAAUGAGUCGUCGUGCGUUGGGCGCCGUCCCGCCGCCGCUGGUGCUCGGACGCUGCGGCCCGAAGCUCCGGCUGAGGCCGCGUCUCUGCAAGAGCCGAGAAGGCCGCGUGCUCUGCGCUCUCGCUUCGUCUUCAAUACACGCGGCCGCACCUUAUGCGUGCCGCUUGCCAUCC